AUGCCCAAGACCACUAGUAGCAAUAAAGAAGACCGUCGUGCCAAGCGCCGCGAGGACGACCCCUAUCAAAAGAAACGAGGCUACAGUAACAACGACACUAGUGAUGGUCCGCGCCACAACACGAGCCAUAAUAAGAACAGCAGCGAAGAUGAAUUUGCGCCGUGUCCCACAUUUGAUGCCAUGAAACUCAAGCCCGAUCUGUUGAAAGGGAUUUACGCGUAUGGAUUUGAAAAACCCUCGGCCAUUCAACAACGGGCCAUUCGACCCAUUGUGCGAGGACGAGAUGUCAUUGCGCAGAGUCAAAGUGGAACGGGAAAGACUGCUGUCUUUUCCAUUUCGGCAUUACAACUCUUGAAUGAGACAUCCCGUGACUGUCAAGUGAUUGUACUGAGUCCUACCCGUGAACUGGCCGAACAGACCCAACGCGUGGUCCAAGCACUGGGAGACUUUAUGAAUGUCAAGUGCCACGCGGCGAUUGGAGGCAAGAGUUUGGGCAAUGAUAUUAAACAAUUGGAACAGGGCAGUGUCCAAAUUGUCAGUGGCACACCCGGUCGAGUCUUUGACUUGAUUCGACGAUCGGCACUAACAACGGCCAAUCUCAAGACGUUCAUUCUCGAUGAAGCCGAUGAAAUACUCAGUCGAGGAUUCAAGGAUCAAAUUUACGAUAUUUAUCGAUUCCUACCACCGUCGGUACAAAUUGUCAUUAUAUCCGCCACGCUACCCGCAUCCGUCUUGGAAAUGACGACCAAAUUCAUGACGGAUCCCGUCAAGAUUCUCGUCCGACGCGAUGAACUCACAUUGGAAGGGAUUAAACAAUUCUUUAUUGCCGUCGAAAAGGAAGAAUGGAAAUUCGAUACUCUUUGUGAUUUGUAUGAUACAUUGACCAUUACCCAAGCCGUCAUUUUUUGUAAUACCAAACAGAAAACGACCUGGUUGGCCGAGAAAAUGAAGGAAAACAACUUUACCGUCUGUGCCAUGCACGGAGAUAUGGAUCAGACGGCACGGGAAGCCGUCAUGGAGCAAUUCCGGUCGGGGGCGGCGCGUGUAUUAAUUGCCACUGAUUUGUGGGGAAGAGGCAUUGAUGUACAACAAGUCAGUCUUGUCAUUUGUUAUGACCUGCCCAUCAACCGAGAGUUGUACAUUCAUCGGAUCGGACGGUCGGGACGCUUUGGAAGAAAGGGUGUGGCAAUCAACUUUGUCAGGGAUGAGGAUGUCCGACUGUUGAGAGAUAUUGAACAGUUUUAUAGCACGCAGAUUGACGAAAUGCCCACAAACGUGGGAGAUCUCAUUUAA